CUAGAAGACCAGGUCAUUCGCUACAAGUGCCAUGGCCGCCAUGCAGAUGGACCCUGAGCUUGCCAAGAGCCUCUUCUUUGAAGGGGCCACCGUGGUCAUCUUAAACAUGCCCAAGGGGACAGAGUUUGGCAUUGACUACAACUCCUGGCAAGUGGGGCCCAAGUUCCGUGGUGUGAAGAUGAUCCCGCCAGGGAUCCACUUUCUUCACUACAGUUCAGUGGACAAGGCCAAUCCACGGGAGGUGGGCCCUCGCAUGGGCUUCUUCCUGAGCCUGCAGCAGCGCGGGCUGGUGGUUCUGCGCUGGAACGCGCUUCGUGAGGAGGUAGAUCUAAGUCCAGCCCCAGAGACUGAGGUGGAGGCUAUGCGGGCAAACCUCCAGGAGCUCGACCCGUUCUUGGGACCUUACCCCUAUGCCACCCUCAAGAAGUGGAUCUCGCUCACUAACUUCAUCAGCGAGGCUGCCAUGGAGAAGCUGCAGCCUAAGAGCCGACAGAUCUGUGCCUUUUCCGAGGUACUGCCCGUGCUCUCCAUGAAGCACACUAAGGAUCGGCUCGAGCAGAACCUGCCACGUUGUGACACUGAAUGUAAAAGCUACCAGGAGGGCCUGGCCCGGCUGCCAGAGAUGAAGCCUAGAGCUGGGACGGAGAUCCGCUUCUCCCAGCUGCCCACACAGAUGUUCCCAGCUGGGGCCACACCAGCCGAGAUAACCCGGCACAGCAUGGACCUGAGCUAUGCCCUGGAGACGUUGCUCAGCAAGCAGUUUCCUGGAAGCCCCCAGGAUAUACUCGGGGAACUUCAGUUUGCUUUCGUCUGCUUCCUGCUGGGGAAUGUGUACGAGGCUUUUGAGCACUGGAAGCGGCUCCUGAACCUCCUGUGCCGAUCAGAAGAAGCCAUGGCCAAGCACCACGCCCUCUACACACACCUCAUCUCCAUCCUGUACCACCAGCUCGGAGAGAUCCCUGCAGACUUCUUCGUGGACAUUGUCUCCCAGGACAACUUCCUCACCAGCACCUUACAGGUUUUCUUCUCAUCGGCCCGCAGCACAGCCGUGGACACCACCCUGAGGCAGAAAGCAGAGAGGUUCCAAGCUCACCUGACCAAGAAGUUUCGGUGGGACUUUGAGGCGGAGCCUGACGAUUGUGCCCCGGUUGUAGUGGAGCUCCCUGAGGGUGUGGAGACAGGCUGACUGGGAGGGCAUCCAGCAAGGGGACCUCUCAUAGGGUUCCAUUCCUGCAGUUCCCUUCAUACUGGGAACACUGGAGUCUAUCAAAUUAGAGCCAAAAUUCCUUCCUUCAUUUGUAAAUACGUUAUUUCCGUGCCACAGAAGCUCUCCCCUCGUGAGGGCAUGUUUGUGGACUCUCUACAGCCUGACUUUGGUGCUAACUUGACUGAAUUCCUGAUGGUCUCUCACAGAAUCUCUUGGAUGAGACUGCCCUUGGCAGCAGCCUGCUUCCCACUGAGGGAGAAGAAAAAGCUGAGUUCAGUAGAACUGAUUGCUUUUUCCAGAAGUGGAUGGGUAAUGGGGAAAGUUGGACUGUCUCAUCUCGGGGGUCAGAGGAGUCAUUUUGGAAGGUGGACAGAGGACCACGGGAAAACUGAAUGGAGAUACAGCCGAGCAGACUUGGCCAUGUUUUCCCAGGAACCCCAGACUGGAAAAGGCAUAACAUGAUGACUGUUAAAUAUGACAAUCAGUUUUACUUUUCUCCAUAUUUUUGUUUGUUAGAUCUGGGCUAUGACCAAUGGUGCUCAGGGCUUUACUCGUGGCUCUGUGCUUAAGGAUCACUCCACGCUGGGCUCAGGGAACCAUGUAAGGUGUAAGGGAUCAAAUCCAGGUUGGCCUCAUUCAAGGCAA